UAUGCGGCUGUGGCUGCGGUCGCCUCAUCGUGGUACGCAGCGACCUUAAAAAACAUACUCUUGCGGACGUCCGACUGACGACAUGCUGCAAGCGACGUUGGCUUUGAUUUCUUUGUUGAUUUUUCUACUCUUUUGGGCAAUACGAAGAAAAUAUUGUUACUGGCAUGGAAAGGGAAUCCCGUACCUGUCUUUCAUCGACUACGUGAGGCUGGUAUACCAUAAUUUCACGAAGCCCUUGCAUGAAGUUGUGCGACACAACUAUCGCCGACAUGGUCGUCUUUAUGGCUCCUAUCAAGGAUUUGUACCUACGCUCGUAGUUGGGGAUCCACUGCUCGUUCGUGACAUUUGUGUGAAGAAUUUUAAGUCAUUCACUCAUAAGAUAAAGCCUAAUGUAAUGGGAAAUUCCAUGUGGGACAAGGUGAUGCUGAACACCUCGGAUGAAGAAUGGAAAGCUGCAAGAAGUAUAAUGUCCACAGCUUUGACAACAAGCCGACUGAAAGCAAUGAUCACAGAAAUUAUCUCGGCGGCAGACAAAUUCUGCACACGACUGCUGCUAGAAGGUGAAAAUAAGAGCGCCGUGGAAGUUUCUAAAAUGUUCGAAGGGUGCGCGAUCAAUGCGAUGGCAGCGCUCGUAUACUCGGUAGACUUGGACCCUCAUGAAACUCCCGACCAUCCAUUGGUAAAAUGUGGCAAUGAAUUUUCCGCAAGCCUCAAUGGAUGGAAGAUGAUAUUGUUGUCUAGCAUGCCAACUGUCUACAAACUUCUCCCAAUGAAAUUCUCGAGCAACAAGGGUACUGAAUACUUCAAAGAAUUUACGAGACACAUGGCGCAACAACGCUGCGCUUCGAAUCAGCGGUUCGACGAUGUCCUUCAACUCUGUCUCGAUGAUCUUGCGCAUGGACGGAGCCAUGACAACUUCAAAAUAUCGGAACCGAACAUUGAAGACCUUGCAGCGCAAUGUAUGCAGUUCCUUGUUGCCGGAAGUGACAUCGUCGCGCUUACGUUGAUGUGGACGGCGUACUCCCUCGCCUCACACCCGGAGUGUCAAGAGAAAGUGCUGCGCGAAAUUGACAUUGCUGUAAAACAGAAUGGUGUCACCUACGAAGCUCUCAAGGAAAUGUCGUAUCUGGAAGCUGUCAUCAACGAGGCCUUGCGAAUGUACACGCCUGACUCAUUCCUAAUAAGAAGAUGCACCCAGGAGAUCUCAGUGGCUGGAAUUGAGGUUCGUCCAGGAAUGUGCAUUGAAAUUCCGAUUGAAGGAAUUCAUCACGAUCCAGAAUUCUUUCCCGAACCCGAGUGCUUCAAACCAGAAAGGUUCUUGCCUGAAAACAAGGAUGCUCUUGUUCCGUACACGUUCCUUGCGUUCGGUGCCGGACCAAGAAACUGCGUCGCCCAGAGGAUGGGAAUCAUACAAACCAAAGCUACACUUGCAUGCCUCCUCCGAAAUAUCAAAUUCCAAAGAUGCACUGAAACCCCGGUGCCCUUGAAGCUGCAGACAGCUUCUUGGCUUCUGCAAUCCCUUAAGCCAGUGAAACUCGGAUGCAUUUCCCGCAUACAAUGACGGCGAGAUGUCAAUGGGAAAAACACACAACAAACCGAAACUAACAUUCCGAUUUUGACAUGCCCUGAAAUAUCUCAGUUGGUUACGCUGGGCGAACAGCCUGAACUUGUGUCACUUUUCAUGGUUCUGGGGGUGGAUUCCCGGAAAUAAAGAAAGUCACGUAUCCACUAGAAAA